AUGAAAAAUUACUUGUCACUAACAACAUCAAAGAUGCUGAAAGGAUUCAAGGCCAUUGUAUUCGAUAUGGAUGGCACCCUGUGCCUACCACAACCGUGGAUGUUCCCCGCAAUGCGCCAGGCAGUCGGGCUCACAGACCCCUCGAGGGACAUCUUAGAGUAUAUCGGCUCAUUAUCACCUGCACAGCAGCGGAAAGCGCUGCGCGCAGUGGAACAGGUCGAACACAAGGCGAUGGUCCAGAUGGAACCGCAACCAGGACUACAACAAGUGUUAAAGUGGCUUACACACGCACGCAUUAGCAAGAAUGUAUGCACACGUAACUUGCGAGCACCUUUCGACCACUUGAUCGCGUCGUUUGUCCCCGCUCAGUACAGUCAAUUUGAUCACAUAUUGACUCGCGAGUUCUGCCCAACGAAACCUUUCGCAGGCCCUCUCUUGCAUAUCGCCAAGCAACUCAACCUAGACCCCCGCAGCAUCGUUAUGGUGGGUGACUCCCUCGACGAUAUGCUGAGUGGUCGCUCCGCAGGCUGUCGCACCGUGCUGAUCGUGAACGAGCACAAUCGCUCGUUGUUGCAGUCGCAUCGCGACUUGGUGGACUGUACUGUCAGUGACCUGAGCGAGCUGGCGGUGUUGCUUGCCCGUUGCACCGCUUAG